GACAUUUAUCUUACUACGUGUUUACGUUCGAAGUGCUGAGUUGUCAGUCAGUUCCUCAAAAAAAAAUCAUAUCGAACAGUGGAAUAAGAAAACGUAUAAGACAAAUAGAUUAGUGUUAAUUGUUUGCAGCUACGAUAUAGAAUAGGCAGUCCAAAAUGUUGGAUUUAUUCACCAUAUUCACCAAGGGUGGAAUAGUGCUUUGGUGCUUCCGAGGCACAAACCAGUUUUUUGCACCACCAGUUAAUGCAUUAAUUCGAAGCGUUAUUCUGCAGGAACGUUCCGGAUCAUACGAUCAUGACGGCCUGUCGCUUCAGUUUAAGCUGGACAAUGAAUUUGAACUUGUUUUUGUUGUUGCAUUCCAAAAAAUACUUCAGUUGUCGUAUAUUGAUAAAUUUUUGAGCGAUGUACAUUUGGAGUUUAGAGAUAAAUAUAAAAACGAUUUACGGGUUGAGAAUCGGAACUACAGCAACUACGAUUUUCAGCAAGAGUUCAACAGGCUUCUGGAACAAGCCGAAAAGUGGGGACGCCUUCAAGCAACGCUUCCGAAGCAGAUGCGUAGUUUCGAGGAGUCACACAAAUCGAAGAAAACAGUGUCAUCAAUGAUAGAACGCAAGGGCGAACAAAAGUCCACCUCCAGUGGCGGUAAGAAAUCCGUAAAAAUAGUUGAAAAUAAAAGCAAAGAAGGGCAAGAGGUUCCUUCAAUCGGUAUGAAUGGCAAUGAUGACAUUAUUUUAGAAAAUCGCAAGAAAAUGAUGGAAAAGUUAACCAAGAAAAGCAAAGGUGACAAACCAAAAUCACCCAAGUCACCAUCGCAAAAAUCUGGCAAGCAAAUGCGUGUUUGGGAUUUAGGUGGUAAUGUAAAAGAUCUUCCGAAUUUGGAUCGUUGUAAAGAUAAGCCUGAAGACAUUAAAAGCGAUUUCACGCCGAGUAACGAAAUGAUUGGAACCAUGAAGGGCGGCAUACAGGACCUGGAGGUUGAAAGUGAUAGCGACUACUCGGAAGAUGACGAUGAAGAGGAAAUGAUCGCUCAGAGCAUGAGUCGUCAAUCGGCUCCUUUUGUAAAGAAAUCAGGUGGCAUGUUGUCUUUGUUCAGAGGUCUUGUCGGAUCUAAGAAUCUAACGCGUGGAGACAUGCAGUCAGCUUUGGAUAAGCUACGGGACCAUCUGAUUGCAAAGAACGUAGCUGCCGAUAUAUCCCAGAAGCUGUGCGAAUCAGUGGCAGUUAAAUUAGAGGGAAAAGUUCUCGGAACAUUCGACACAAUCACUUCAACGGUGAAAAACACGUUGACGGAAGCGCUAGUUCAGAUUCUUUCACCCAAGCGUCGUGUAGACAUUCUCCGUGAUUGCUUGGAAGCGAAGAAAAGUAAGAGACCAUAUGUGAUGAGCUUUUGUGGAGUAAACGGAGUGGGAAAAUCUACGAAUCUUGCUAAAAUCUGCUUUUGGUUGAUCGAAAACAAUCUGAACGUUCUGAUUGCCGCUUGCGAUACAUUCCGUGCUGGAGCUGUAGAGCAGCUGCGUACUCAUAUGAGGCAUUUAAAUGCAUUGCAUCCGGCUGAAAAACACGCUGGUCGUGAAAUGGUGCAGCUUUACGAGAAAGGGUAUGGGAAGGACGCUGCUGGUAUAGCGAUGGAGGCCAUUCGUUAUGCUAAGGAGUCUACAAUUGACGUUGUAUUGAUUGAUACCGCCGGACGCAUGCAAGAUAAUGAACCGUUGAUGAGAGCUCUGGCCAAACUUAUUAAGGUUAACGAACCCGAUUUAGUGUUGUUUGUUGGUGAAGCUUUGGUUGGGAAUGAAGCUGUGGAUCAGUUGGUAAAAUUUAAUCAAGCACUAGCUGACUAUUCCGCAAACGAAAAUCCACACAUUAUCGAUGGCAUUGUUUUGACCAAAUUUGACACCAUUGACGAUAAGGUCGGCGCUGCCAUAUCGAUGACUUACAUAACAGGUCAACCGAUUGUUUUUGUAGGAACAGGACAAACUUAUACCGAUCUGAAAAAAUUGAAUGCCAAAGCCGUUGUUCAUGCGUUAAUGAAGUGAACUUUGCAGAUUAUAUUAAAAUGAAUUGGGAAUUUGGUUACUGUUUUAGUGCUGAUUUGAUACUUCCAUAAUUGAGCAUUACUAUUACAUUUAUGCAAUGUAGGGAGCAACGGUUAGUCACGGAAAGAAAUUUAAGCUCACUGUUUUAUUGCAAGAUUUUUUUUUUGUUGAAAAUGCAUGUCUCGUUCUCCAAUGUAAAACGUGUUUUACCACUACUGGUUUCACAUUCUAUCGUUUAGUAUGAGUAAUUGUGGAUCAGGUAAAUGUUGUUUGUCGAGUCGAGAUAAAAUCUAUUAGACAAUUUUUGAAAGCUAUAUAA